UUGGCCAGUUUGGGCUCAGUCCUUUGCAGGCAACUGUGACCCAAGUACUUACAAUAAAAACCUGACUAAAUGCUUUGAUCCCAAGCUUUGCUAGUAGCAACAGGCUAAUAAUCUGAUGGGAACAGACCAACAGAGAUGCAGCAACUUCAAGCGUUUAUCCUUAUCUCCAGACACAGGCUUCAAACUGAGCUUUAAGAAACUGAAAUUACAUCUUUGAAAUUGAAACAUUUGUUUUGUUGUUGUAAGAUCUACAGAAUAUAUUAAAAACAAAUUAUUAACUUGACAGAGAAACCUUAAGUGCAAAGAACUGGCCCUAGGGCUGGGCGAUAUGGUAAAAAGUUUAUCACAAUAUAUUUUUUUCUUAUCAGUCGAACUCAUGAUAUAUAUCAUGAUAUAAAAGUAAAACUUAACAGUGCUUAUUGGUCACAUGUCUUUUGCAAUACAAUAAGCAUCUGCAUCUGUGAGGUCUUUGUGUCUCUUCGACGUUUUGUCGUAAGGCUACAGAAAGCGUUGGCUGUUUCGGCUGCACAGGCGCCAUGGGCUCUGCUCAGGGUUUGUAACCUUUUGCAUUUUGCGUGUGCUCUGCCGCGUGGCUCUGCUUCAGGUGGUGAAAAAGAUUUGAGGUAUUCCCUGACUUUGCAAGAACAUGUACUCUACAUAAAUUGCAAUGCACAUUACUCUGCUUCAUGUCCAACCUUAACCUCCACACCACUGUUUUCGUGCCAGUGUUGUCGACAAUGUCAUCAUCUGUUGAGCCUUAAGGGUGUUACACACUGGGGCCGACACGAAUAUAGAACAUGAAAUCACGAAAUAAUCGGAGGCGAAUUUUAACGCACCUGACUAUACACAUCAAGCCCGACGCAGUUUUGCGACUUUCCGGGGGGAAAAGACGCAUCUCAACAUGAAGCGGAUCCGGAGCAACUCCUCUUUUCAUUGGCUAUUCGUAUAGUCUACCAAAACAUGGCAAAAUGCUGACCAUCGAAAAGCAUAUUGACCACGUUAAGGAAAUUAAUUUUCGAUAUAUAUUGUUAUCAUUCUAACACCCAGCCCUAACUGGCACUAUACCUUUUUAAAUUGAUUUUUAUUGACAGAUAUAUACUAUUCCUCUUUUUGGCCUAAUUCUGAUAAUUUUGCUUUGUGGUUGUUGGCUCGAUUAGGUGUACAUCCAUCCAUCAUAUUUUAUGUGUGUUGUUGUGAAUAAUUUUCCUUCUUAAGCUGCGGAACAGUAGUAUGCUAAAAAUAUGUACAUUACUUAGGCUACAGUGUUGAAAACUCUACUCUUGCAGUAGGGGCCCAUACAUUCUUGAAGCAACAAAUGGUCAAGAUUUUAAUAUUUUUUUUUCUCGGUAUGUAUGUGAACUACAUGUGUCUUUCAGAGGCUAGCCACGCAUUUGCAUUUGAGGUUCAUGCAUUGGAAUUCACAGAGCAUACCCCUCUUCUGCUUUAAAAAGUUUUCAGUUGAAUCAUUCUUUUAUUGUCUAUUAUCGUUGCAUAUUCACUUGGGUCUUGACAACGCAUGUUCAGCCUUAACUCCGCUCACACGGGAUGUCUUCUACACUUAAACAAUCGCACCACAUAGCCAGUGCCCCACGUGUCCCGUGGCUUUUGCACAAAAACAUCACGAGUGGUAGCUGCAGCUGUGGUUGCUACAAAUACAGCACAUGGUAGCGCUUGGUAGCUGCGUGUAGAGACGAACAUCUCCGGACCCCGAGCUCCAGCUUGAUGAAAGAUCAUUUAGUCGUUCACACUGUUGAACUUUUUCAUCAGCAGUUUUAAACACCUCGAACUCGGAAGUCAAGCCUGAGAGUGAGCCUUAUCGUGAGCCUUUGAGGAGCUUUAAAAACUCGUCCAACUCUGCAGCAGCGACUCUGAAGCUAGCAUGUCGACAGGCACAAAAGAGGUUAAAAGCUGCCCCAUCCCCACCAGGGUGCUCACCCUGAAGGACUGGUCCCAGCUUCCCGACUGUUACAGCCAGACACCCGGGGGUACCCUCUUCUCCACCACUCCUGGAGGUAAGAGAUGUUUACACGCUUUGCUUUUGCCCCCCAUCUUUCUCUAUAUAUCUAUUACUUUGUGACAGACUAAUCCACCUUCUCUGAUAAAGUUGUUGAAACCACAGACUUCUGUUGAAAAAGUUCGUAAACUUGACUUGUUGCAGCUGUGAAGUUUUCUGCAUACGUGCAAACACUCAGAGCUCAAAUAAGCUCUCGCGAGAAGUUGCAAACAAUACAAAACGUGUAAAACUACUAAUGUAGCCUGCGGUAAACACCACGGUGAAACAGUGCAUCGAGAAACUGAGAGUUUGCAGGCUAUAAUAGUCACUGUAAAUGGGUUAAGAUCAAAAUGAGGUAAACUUAGGGAGCUGGUUUGUUGCUCACAUUCAGGGAGGGACAGUUGGCUGAUCCCAACCCGUCCCUUUACUGUCAACAAGUUUUCUUUGGCUUGUUUUUGUGGCAAGCGAACAAUGUUGUUGAACCAAAACAAUUUACUUUGAAAAACAGAGCUCUUGUAAACCAUAUGGAAAUGUAUUUUAAUUCAAAAUAGAGUGUACUCGAAAUGAUAAGCAACAUGUGAUAAUACUGCUGUUUAUGCACUGAUAUUAUUGUCAAGACAACAGGAACAGUGACAGAUUUUUUCAGUGUAACACAGACUGGAUUUUCAUCUUGAUAGACAUGUAUGAAGCGGAAAGGAAACAUUACUGUUCAAACAUGCAUAGAGGUCUGAGCACGCUUUCACCUGAGUUAGCAUCAGACACACUGUCAUCUGAAGACAACAACUAGUCAACAUGCGUACUCGUGACUUGUGAUUUGAAGAGGGUGUACGUGUCCAGAACAGCAGAGUGAUUGGCCUUUACAGUGGUGGAGGGGUUGAAGGCUGUCCUAUCCCGGUAGCUCUCUGCUUUGCAUUUCAAUAUCAGCAGGGAACAUUCUGUACAAGUUAAAAGGAGGUGGGAGAGGAAAUGUCUAAUGCACAGAGAGUAUGAACAGUACUUUUUUUUUUUUUUUUCAACUAGACUGCUCUGGUAAACACAGCAGUUGUAGGAAGUUGCGACAUAGUUUUAACUUGUCUUCUGCAAAGUCUGCAUCACAUCUUGACCUCCCUUGCACAUGCCUUGUGUAAUUGGACCAACCUUUCUUAUUUUACAUAAACUGCUUUAAACUCAAGUGCUGCUUGCAUUGCAAUGCAAUGUCUACGCUUAAGCUUAAGUUGUAACCCUCUUUUCUUGCCCCAACUUUUUUUCGCUCUACUUGACUCUCUUUUGCCCAGGCUCACCUCUUACAUAUUACAUAACAUGUUUUUCCUGCAAGGGAGGUUAAAGAGAUACUGUAUAUAACAGUUCAAAAUCCAACCCAGAAGCACAGAGCACUCCUUGACUCAGUCACGUCCUGGUCAGACUUAUUACGACACGCUAUUUAUGACCCUGUUUUUGCUGGGGCUUGGCUUAAGUCCAAAUGGUUGCCCACGUGAGACAUUACAAGUAGGUUCGAGAGGCUACAAGUUGCAGAGUUUCUGCAGAGUUUUGUAAUAUCCUCAGUGUCAUCUUUGGAGAGCUUCUCCUGCCUGUUGCAUCUGCAGUAAAUGGCCCAACUUUUACUCUGUCAAAGAAAAAAACAUGUGUCUUUAAUCCCAAGGCCCCAGGCUUCAAAGAGGGAAUGUUUUGUGCUCUGAUUUCCAAGAACUCACUGCAGAGGUAGCCCCCGAUCCUCCCUUCUGUGCAAAUGCAGAACCUCCCCUUCCCCUCUCAAAUUCCCUCUCAUAGAGAGCAAAUGUAAUUCACUCCUGAGAGCGAAAAUUUCAUAGAAUCAAAUGUUAUUCAGAAAUAACCUCCACUAUCAUUCGAUCCUGUGGUAUUUCAGCAUCUAGUCUUCUGUUCUUGUCUUUUGAGCGUGUACUUAACAUCCUUUCCAGAUGUGAGAUUUAUGUUUGUGCACUGUAGUUCAAGAUCAUAAUUUCUAAGUGUUUUUUUCCCUCCAUAGGUACUCGCAUCAUCUACGACAGAAAAUUUUUGUUGGAUUGUAGAAACUCCCCGCUUGCCCGAACCCCGCCAUGCUGUCUGCCCCAAAUCCCAGGGGUAACAAUACCGGCGACCCACCCUAUGGGGAAACUGCAGGAUCUGAAAGAGGAGGCGGAAGAGGAUGAGAAGGAUCUUGCAGGUAAACAUCCCUCUGUAUAGUUAUAUUUGCACUGAGCUUGACUAGCUUCAUAAAGUGAAGUCUCUUCACUGGUAAACAAUCAUUCACUGGCUAGUGUGCUGAAACAUGAGGCUGUUUGUAUCCUUAAAUGCCACAUCUAUGCUGCUGUCUACCAUGUGGAUCACAUUUUGAUUUAAUGAAACCACAACUAUAAUUAAUAUGACAUUUUGCCUUAUGCCAACUGAACCUUAUACUGCUUCAUAAGUGUAAAUCAUGUGAUAAUGGGGCAGAUAGGUGCAGCUUGUGUCCCUGUAGUGCCACGUCUAUAGUUUGGGAGUGUAGCAGUGCUUUGUUCUGGACUGGGACAGGACUAGCUACUCACACAUUUUCAACAUGUCUAAGUUAAGCCCUUCAGAGGCUGUGCCUUCAUAGGCAGAGCCAGACAUGCAAAACUAGGCCAAUGGCUUACUACUCAACGGCCACUACAGAUUUUCAAACAAUAUGAUCCUGUCCAUCUCUUAGCUCCAGACUAAUGGAGCUCAGUGGAUUGACUUGUUGGGGCGAGGACUUAAAAUUGACAGGCGUUCUUGUUUAAUUGUGAUCUGACCAAACAGUUUUUUACUCAUAGCAAGUUAAAACUGCUGUUUAGUAUCACACAGGUACUUUUAACCAUCAAUCUGCCCCCCUCCACUCCUCCUGUCAAACAAAAGACCACAGGGAUUAGAGUUGACCCCCUUUUUCCCCUUGGUCUCCGUUGUCUGAAUCGGUAAAUACAGAGGACACUUUACAGGAUACGGGUUUAGCAGCAGUCCCCCUUUCAGGCAAGUGUUUUGUUUGUAUUUUCUUGCCAGUUGUCAGUGUAAGAUAAGGUCUGUACACUUGUCGUCAUUGCUGCAGACAGUUAAGGUGUGGUUGUGCUUGUGGUGCAAACACAUAUGAUAACCAACAGCUGAUUGUUUUAUAUCUCCUCCUAAACUUUAACUGUUUCUGCUCUCUCUCUCUUUUAUCUCUUCAGAUGACAACCAGUUUGAGAUGGACAUCUGAGCUCCAGUAAUACCUCCUAUGGAGAGUUAUUUGUUAAAACAACUCCAAGGUCAUUAAUGACUGUAAUGCAUUACAUAUAAAGCUUUUUUUCUUUUCUUUUUUUUUCAUAAAAGCUUUUGCAAGGAACCAAAAGAAUGGAACUGGGGUGUUUUUGACCCUGGGUAAGUGUGUAAAGCACAUAAAAGUUGUAAUAUGGUUUGACUGGUUGCUCACUCAUCUGGGAGCUGAGGCAGGAUUGAAAAAAAAAGAUCUGUUUUGAUUUAACUUUUUUAUCUUUUGUAAAUAAGAAAAUUGUACCAUGUAGCCUAUUUUUUAAGUUUGGGAAUAUAUAUGAUUACAUUACAACAUGUAGAGUUUUUCCACUGCAGGAGUCAGUUGUUUUGUCGUUUUUUUCCCCCAAAAGGGGAUGGCUUAUUUUGUUUGUUUUAGGCAAACAAGUUCCUCCUAAUACUGGGAGAUGGGGCCUACUGAAAAUCAGCACCUGCUCUGUUUGUGUCUGGAGAGAGAUGAAACGUGAAUAAUUGGAAAUAAAGUCUGUUUGAACUGUCUGCAAAUA